UGACAACAAAACUGUUCACUACUGCAAACAUUGAACGUAGCAAAUCACGUUAACCUAUACCUCAAUUAAUAUAGUUUGUUCCUCUCUGUGAUAUUAAAAUGCCAGGACCUGGGUGGUAGCUACUUCCGGCUACACUGCAGCGUGAUUGUGACGUGCAGCAGCAACUUCAGACAAGCAUUAACAAAUGUCAUUUGAACGAUGUUGUCGCGUCACUUUAAACCAUUUAAACAAUAAAUGCACGUACUUUUAAUGGGAAUGGAAGUUGCUGCCCCCCCACCCCCCCACACACACACACGCACGCACACGCGCUGCUCAAAAAGUAAAGAAUGCACAACUUGUUGCUACAGCCACAAACACACGUUUAACUGGCUUAGUGGUUCCAAUUUCCGCUAGUGUUUCACCCAAAUGUAAAUAAGCAUGUCGAAUGAAGUUCUAGCCCACGUCCAGUGGAACCUCUGGGGAAGAGAUACGCCUGAAAGUAGCACAAUACAAAAGUGCUCCAGUGAUGACAACCAUAGAAACGGACAUACUUGAGACGUGGCAGUGGGACAUGAUUCCCUGCCCUGGCUGCUCGGUACAAAUAAUAAGAGUUGAAGAAUUUAAAGGGAUAGUUCAGAGUUUGUUUUUUUUUUUUUUUACAUUAAGCUGUAUGACAUCCCCAUCAGCAGUGUAGUGUAUCAGCGGUGACUUACCACAAUGUUUACAUGCGUGGAUGGAGAUUGUCUGGUCAGUCUUCCUCCGUUGUGGAACACAUACACAACAAUGGACUGGCGAGAACGCGUAGUGAUAUGAACGGAGAGAAAAUAACGCCGAGUGACUGAGAGGUCUGACUUUUUUGUUAGCAACAGUUUUGUGAUGCAAAUGUAUUACUCUUCUGAACGCAUUUUGUUUUGAGAAGCCCAACUCUUUACUAAAGAGACCCCAGCAACUAAACAGAACUACGUUCCUCCUCACUGAAAUCCGACCAGAACUCCGCUCACAGAACAAAGUACAAAGUAUUGUGCUAUCCCUUUAAAGUUGGUUGUGUUUUUAAUUGUCAAUGUGAAGAGACUCCCCUCCGAGGCACAAGCAGUCAUCUCACAUGUCAUCAAGUUACGGGCAUGUCUGAGAGUAGUCGUGAUACAGACUCGGGGAAGAUGUCAGCGGAGGAGUCUCAAGAGAUGGAUUGUCACGAGUCCGAGGGGAGUUUGAGCGGUGGCUCACCGCAGCCAAGUGUUGGGGAUAGCAAAGAUAGCGCGUCAGGGGACGACGGGGACAACGUGCUGUAUGAAAUUGACAUUGACGACGCAGAGGAAAAGUCGGUAGGCAGCGGCGAGGAUGUUGAGGGCUGUGGCGGUGAAGCCGCCGGUGUAGAAAACGAUGAAGGCGAGGCUGUGGGAACUGCGGACAUGCCCGAUGAAGGCGGAGAUGAUGCUACUCGAGGAAAGGAGAACGCCAUGGCUCAGGAACCCCAGAUGAGCUCAACCGCAGCCGAGAUUGCCGUCACCAGCAACGGCGACCUGGAUCAGAGCCCGGCAAGCGUGUUCCGUCGGGACUCUUAUCCUGGGGAGUCGGGGGUCACAGACCUUCCAGAGUCUUGCAUCCCCUCCAGCAACUUUGCUUCAACGACAGAAGGCAUUAUUGAAUCGGGACCAUACAAAGGGUCAGCGAGCCUCCCCGCGUCCCCCGUGACAGCUGUAGCCCCCAGCUCGGCUGUUGCUAGCCGCCUGGCGCGCUCUUCCAGCGAAAGUCAGGCGGACACAGGCACUCCGAAUACGCAGCCAACCAGUGGAGCAUUGGUCCUGUCAGAUGACAUCAAGAACCCGGCCAUGGAGAAACUGGACCUUGUUAGGAAGUGGAGCAUCAACACAUACAAAUGCACCAGGCAGAUCCUAUCAGAGAGGCUGGGCCGCGGCUCAAAAACCGUAGACCUUGAGCUGGAGGCCCAGAUUGAAGUCCUCCGGGAGAACAAGAGGAAGUACCAGAACGUGAUCAAGCUGGCCCAGACGCUGGCCACUCAGCUGUCGCAGGUUAUGCAGACGCAAAGGCAGCUUGGCGACGCCUUCGCCGACCUCAGUCUCAAGUCACCAGAACUUCACGAGGAGUUUGGGUACAACGCGGACACUCAAAAGCUUUUGUCCAAAAACGGGGAGACUCUGCUGGGUGCCAUCAACUUCUUCAUCUCCAGCGUGAACACCCUGGUGGACAAAACCAUUGAGGACACCAUGAUCAACAUCAAACAAUACGAAAUUGCAAGGGUGGAGUACGACGCGUAUCGCACGGAUUUAGAGGAGCUCAAUUUGGGGCCGCGAGACACCACCACCAUGCCUAAGAUCGAGCAGUCGCAGCAGGUGUUCCAGAUAUACCGCGAGAAGUACGAGAGGAUGCGGAAUGACGUCUCAGUCAAGCUCAAGUUCCUGGAAGAGAACAAGGUGAAGGUGUUGCACAACCAGCUGAUCCUGUUCCACAACGCCAUCGCCGCGUACUACUCUGGCAACCAGCAGCAGCUGGAACAAACGCUCCAGCAGUUCCACAUCAAAUUGAAAAUGCCCGGUGGAGAGCAGCCAUCUUGGCUAGAGGAGAACUAAGACGACCAUUUGUCAAACUAUAACUAAAACUACAGGGACACCCCGCUCCCCCUAACUCUCCUGUCAUGAUGGCCUUUCAAACGUUGACAAUUGUAAAUCUAAGGACAUUUUUCUUGGGGAUGGGGGCUUAAAAUGUAUGUUAUUUUCACGACUACAAUCUUAGGAAAUGCACUUUGAUGCUGUUUUGACAAAUCCGUUGAACGGCAGUCGCUGCAGUAAAACAAAGCAAAAAAAGCAUUCAGAAAAGUGUAAACUGCCUUUUUGUAAUGCAGUGUUAUGAAUGUUGUCGCCUAGCAAGGCGUUCAGGUUGGCUCUGGAUCCAAAUAUUUCCUGUUUUUGACUCUUCUUAACAUUCCACACAAUUCUCUUCUCAACCUGACCUCCUGUGGCUCUCUCAGUGAUAAAUACGAAAACCGUCAUUCCGAUUUACGCUCACUUUUUAUGCCGAGCCACUAAAUAACCAAGUUGGUUAUUUUGAGGAAAAUGAUGGUAAUGUACAGCGUCUCUGAAUUUACUGGGAAGACGCUUUGUAUAAAAACAAAACACAUUUUUUAAGAUACAUGCGACGUUAUUUGAAUCCAUGUCCGAUUUCCCUGAUGACUGUUUUUAUUAUUUCCGUCUCGGUUCCAUUAUGAGAUUUCACUCACCUCCAUUUGUUACAAGACUUCUCAGUUAGCCUCGUUGACAAAAGGAAAAUUCUUUGAAUAACGAAGUACAGUCGAUCCCCACAAUUCACGGGGGUUGCACAAGAAUUGCGAAAAAUGUUUUAGGGCUGCAAUUAAGUCACUCAUGCAUAUUUCACUCCUGUGGCCGUGCCUUUUCGUCCUGGCGCCAAUCCGCUGUACUGUAGCGUUUUUGUAUCCUUGUUAAAACAUUGCUGCAGAAGAACUGAAGAUUCAUUGAGAAGCUAGCAAGCUCGCGAUGACACAGGAGACAUGGCAGGACGGCAUGAAGGAGAUUGAUUCACAAUGGUCUACAGCCAAUCGGGACGCAGAAAACAAUGGGCGCUGCAGACAGACGAGAGGGGGAAGAGAUAGACACUGAACUUCCCACAAUGCAGUUCUUCUUAAAGGACCAAACAGCAAAUCCAUGAAAGGUGAACCACGAUAGAGCGAGGGAACGCUGUACAUGAUUUCUAAUGAGAUCAUUUGAUUCGGUUAACGUCCGUUUCGGUUAGAGUCGGCCCUUCUGGAACGACUUUAAUGACGCUCGCCAAGGUUCAAAUCUAAUUUACAACCCACAGGGCAUGCUGGGUAACUUCCUAAUGGGGAAUUCCCAGCGUGCCUUGCAGGUUAUAAAUGAGUAUAAAAUAGUUUUGGCAUGUAUAUUACUGUGUUAGCGUCUAUUUUGAUACCCGCAUACGCUGUGUGGCACAGUUGCUUUUUGCUUGCACCGUGAGUGAGCUCGGCAUUUGUGCUGAUAAGCUGCCGUUGGUGUGAUGUGUGAGUCAAGGUGUAAAUAUCAAGCUGAUUCAUUGCACCUCCUCAAGCAAGUUAGUUGGCCUCUUAAUACUUCCUGUGCAACUCCAGCUGUACCAAUGUAGGGCACAUGAGCUGGGUUUUCUACCAAUAAUAAUCGUGAUUAUAAGCACAAAAUGGUGGGGUCCCACCCCCCCAAUGAAAUUGAUGUUUUGAUCACAAAUCGGCAAGUUUCCAGGGUUGCAAAUGUUGAAUUGUGCACAUGCGGGAAUCCACUGUACUUCCAAUUGUGAGAAUACAAAGCUAGCUGCCUUGUUUUGAUAUCAGCCUUGUUGCCAGGCUAGCUUGGCUAUGCUUUUACGGUGUAAUAAACACACCAAACACUAUUUUGCUGCUGUAAAAUUCUCAGAUUAAAGGGCAGGAUUUUUCUCAGUAAACCUCUGUCCAAUACGAGGUUAUAUUCCAGUCAAUUAGCAUAAUUUAGCACAGAGGAAGUAACAGAGAUGUAACAAUUCUUUCUGCCAACACUCCUUAAACUCACCAAUCAACGCGUUUUCUUAGUAGUUUGCGUGAUUUGUGGUCACGUGCAAAUGCAAAGCUAGCUUUCUUGUUUAAUUGCAGCCGCUAUGCUAUGCUAUGCUAACAUUGUAAUGCUCCUAUCUUGCAACAAACAGAUCAAACAACCAUUGUUUGUUUCUGUGUAAUUCUCAGAUUAAGGGUUCAUAAAACCCAAGGAUUUUUUUGCCAUUUUUUUUUUUUUUUUGUUAAACCACUGAUCGUUGAUGUUCAUACAUCUUCUUUGUCCAAUACGGGGUAAAUCCCACAGUCUGUUAGCGUAUCUUAGCACAGAGAUGGUUGGAAGAAAAUAAAAGGUCCUGACUUGUCAGAAUUCCGAAACCAUUCGACUGCAAGGCGACCGUCCUUGUUUAAUUGCAGCCGCUAUGCAACGUGGUUACGCUCAUAACAAACACACCAAACGCAAAUUCAGUUUAGCUUGCUUUUUCUUUCAAAGCCACAACACAGUUCAGAUGUUUUAAAAAACGUUCGUUUUGAAUGAUAUGCGGACAAACGGACUAGUUUAGGGGGUGUCCAAACUGAGGCCCGCGGAACAAUCUAAAAAUAUAAUUUAAUAAGAAAAAAUGAAAAAAUCAGUAAUAAUGUCAGACUAUAAAGACAAAAAAGUUGUAAUCUAACAAGAAAAAGUCAUUAUUUCACGAGAAUAAUGUCAUUAUGAGGAAAAAUAACAUUUUUGUAGCAUGAAGUUGAAAUAUUAAAAAAAAGUAAUGUUUUGAGAAAGAAACGAAACAAUGAACAAGGUUGUAACACUUGUGGAAAAUUAGGCUGCGGAAAAAGUCAUAAUUAUGAGAACAAAAUUUACAAAAAAGUUGAAAAAUAAAAAAACAGCUGUAAUUUUACAAGAAUAAAGUCAUUUUAACAAGAAAAAAAUGUAUGACAAUAAACUCAUAUGAAGAAAAGUACAAUGUAAUUUUAGUAGCAAGGAGUUGAAAUAUUAAAGUUUUGUUUUUUUUAAGUUGUAAUAUGUCAAACAAAACAGAAUACAGUAGUAGUUUGUUUUUUUAAUCUAUUUCAUUGAAUGAGAUCCCCCCCUUGUUUGUCUACAAUCCGGUCAUAGAACAGAAGGAGCUGAAGGUUGGUUUCUCUGAUUUUACAGAGAAAAUGAAGGACUGACCUCGUUUUUGACAAACUGUGCCUUGACUUCCAAAGUUUCUCUUCCCCGCCGCGCUAAAUGAGGACGUUAUCUGCUAUAGAAGGAAGAGAACGGACCAAACAUACACUUUAAGAAGCUUGAUUGCAGUUAUGAGCCACUCCAAACUCAAACUUGACAAGGUCUUUAUAUUUAAUGUUGACAUAUGACUAAUUACAAAAAAAACUAAGAGAUAAUGUAUGAAAACCAAAAUGCAUUACCUUGAGAAUUAAGUUUUUUUACAAAUGAAACAGCAGCCUCCUCUGCUUAAGCUGCUAACACUUGAUCAUUGAUUCGGCAUUUUUUUUCAAAGAUUUGUAUUUUUAAAACAAGCGCAAUGGACACUAGUAUUUAGAACUAGCAGGCAAACCUUCUGUUUGCUAAAUUGUACUUUGCAUACCGCUAACUUUUACAGUUUGAGUGUGAACCUUGUAUGGCACUCCCAGUUUUCUUGAAAAGAUGACAAUAUAUAUAUAUAUAUAUAUAUAUAGUAUAUAUUUGUUUUAGUUCACCCUGGCGUCUCGGAUCAAUUCUGUCAGCAUUUUUCUGAAGCGCUUCAUAUAAAGAUAUGCUAAGUUCUAGCAUGUACAUGUGUAUCUUUGUAAUAAUAAUUAAAAAAAAUACAACAUCGUGACAAAUGUUGAAUUUUAAAAAGAAGAAAAGGUUCUGAAUGUUGUACAACAUGUUUGGAGAAAAAUAAACUCUUUAAGAUGAAA